UUUCCACUGCCUGCCAUUGGCUGGAUGCGAUCAACUGGUGACACCUUGACGACCCACGCGCUUUUGAUCAGGAAGCUGCGAGCUGGCAUCGCCAGUCACUUCUCACCUGGCACGGAGGUCACUGUGUGAAGCCAGGCCAACUUCAGGUACCUACCCCAAUACCAGGGUCUAUCCCGGCGUCCCCUCCCAUCGCCCACUGGAUCUCCGGGCUGGCAGUCCAGGCUCUCGGGAGAUGUCUUCUUGACACUGGAUCGGAUACCGGCGUCUUUCGUUUGACCCCUGAUCUCGCGCGUUUUCCUCCGCGCUGCCCGUGAUGGCCAACGCGGGCACGAGCACAAACGUGACGGCCGCGGCGGCGCGCACCUACAAGCAGCUGAAGGAGGACUUUGUCUCAAACCUCUCGGGCGGGUCAGUGACAGAGAUUGCUCAGGUCUGCGCUGUGGCACCGGUCGUCGCCCUCCUCUGGUCCGUCCUCCAGGCCCGCCAGUCCUUCUUCAAGCCCUACACUGCGCUGGCCUUCGUCGUCGACUUCCUCCUCAACGUCGGAGCCCUCCUGCUCUCCGUGACCCUCUACUCGAGCGCGCCGCUGCUCCUAAACAUCCUCCUCCUUACAGCCGCCGCCUUUGUCUGCGCAGUCCCCACCGCCCUCCCCUCGGGGCGCAAAAAGAAGCCCCAGCUCCCGCCUAAUGCGCAGUCCAAGACGCCGCCGGGGCCGCCCGGCGUCCUGUCUACCAAGCCCUUCCUGACCAACUACCGCGGCAACAUGCUGGUUGUCACCUGCAUAUGCAUCCUCGCCGUCGACUUCCGACUGUUCCCGCGCCGCUUCGCCAAGGUCGAAACCUGGGGCACGUCGCUGAUGGACAUGGGCGUCGGGUCGUUCGUCUUCUCGGCCGGCAUCGUCGCCUCGCGGCCCGUGCUCAAGGAGCGCGCCGAAGGCACGACCACGCCGCUCGCAACUCGCCUGGCGCGGUCCCUGCGCCACUCGCUGCCGCUCCUCGCGCUGGGCUUUGUGAGGCUGCUCAGUGUCAAGGGUCUGGACUAUGCCGAGCAUGUGACCGAGUAUGGCGUGCACUGGAAUUUCUUCUUCACCCUGGGGCUCCUGCCCCCUUUUGUCGUGCUUUUCCAGUCGGCGCUCAAACUGGUUCCCUCGUAUGCCGGGCUCGCUCUUCUUUUGGGGGUCUUGUACCAGGUCGUCUUGGAGAGCACGGCUCUCAAGGCGUACAUCCUGGCUGCGCCCCGCACCGACCUGCUCUCGAUGAACAGAGAAGGCGUCUUCAGCUUCUGGGGCUAUCUCGCCAUCUUCCUCGCGGGCCAGGACACAGGCAUGCUCGUCCUGCCGCGAAACCCUACCAUCCGCGGUUUUGCUGGCAGGUCCAAACGCUUCGCGCUGCUUCUCAGCUUGACCGCGUGGUCGCUGGUCUGGACCGCGCUCUACUUCUUCUGCACCGAUUACGCGUACGGCGCGGGGCUGACCGUGUCCCGGCGGCUCGCGAACCUGCCCUACAUGCUGUGGGUGGUGGCCUCCAACAGCACGCUGGUGCUCGCCUUCUGCCUGGUCGACGUGCUCUGCUUCCCGGCCUUCUACAGGGCGCCAGACGCCAAGGCGGAGAAGGAGGCCCACGACGCGGCGACGAGCCGCGUGCUGCGCGCGUACAACCGCAACGGGCUGGCCGUCUUCCUGCUGGCGAACCUCCUGACGGGGCUGGUCAACAUGACGGUGCGCACGCUAGAUGUGAGCAGCGUCACGACGAUGGCUGUGCUGGUUGCGUAUAUGACGGUGCUGACUGCUGCCGCCGUCGGGUUGGACAUGUACGAUAUCACCAUCAAGCUGUAGAUAGGCGCCCGAGCCACAAAAAUAAAUAAAAAAAAAAUCAAAAUUUAAAGACAG